AUGGGCCGUCGUCAUCGCAAUCCACUUUCCAACCCUCUCCACUAUGCGACCGCGCAACUGGCCACCGGGCCUCCGGUAACAUGCGCUGCAGCACAAAGGGUUCUUGCCAACUAUGACUAUGUGAUCGUUGGGGCCGGUGCGGCUGGUUGUGUCCUCGCGAGCAAACUCUCCGAAGACAAGAAUGUUUCGGUACUGGUCCUCGAAGCCGGGGGUGACAACACCAAGGUCUUCGAGACAAAAGUGCCAUUACUGUUUUCCAAGCUGUUUCACACGCAGCAUGACUGGGAUUACUACACAGUCGAGCAGCCGGGGCUCGCAUCCCGCCAGCUGUACUGGCCUCGGGGGAAGGUCAUCGGGGGGUCAAGUUCGAUGAACGCCAUGAUGUACCAUCACUGCUCCAAAUCUGACUUCGACGAAUGGGCCUCGGCUUACGGUUGUGCGGGAUGGAGCUACGAUGAGCUUGCACCCUACUUCCGGAGUAUGGAGCGGUUUACCGCCAAUCCAGCUCGCCCCGCCAUCGACACCCAGCAUCAUGGUAGUUUCGGGAAAUGGGAGACAGGUUAUUCGUCGCUGACGGGGAUUGUGGAAGAGGGUUUCCUCUCAGCCUGUCAAGAUGCAAAUAUUCCUGCCAUCGCGGAUGUCAAUACGCCCCAGGGCACACUGGGUUCGACGAGAUUUCAAACCUUCAUCGAUCCCAAAGGACAGCGCUCAUCCCUCGCCACGGCCUUCCUCUCCCCGGAUGUAUUGCAGCGACCGAAUUUAUACGUCGCAUGCCAUGCUCGUGUGACACGGGUGCUAUUUGAUCGUCUCACCACCAAAGAGCCGACGGCAAUUGGCGUCGAAUUUCAGACUCAACGCGGUGGUAAGCGCUUCCAGGUUCACGCACGACGUGAGGUCCUCCUCUGUGGGGGAGCAGUCAACACGCCCCAGACGCUGUUGCUGAGCGGGAUCGGUCCGACGGACGAGUUGAAGAGUCAUGGGAUCCCACUCGUCCAAGAGAACGACGCGGUUGGUCGAAAUCUCAAAGAUCAUCUCUGCACGUCACCUAUAGUGGCCAAGGCAAAGCCUGGCACCACGCUAGAUUACUUGAACAACGAUCUCAAGGCCCUUCCGGCACUGGCUCGCUGGAUGCUUACCGGCGGUGGCCCCCUGGCAAGCAACGUUGGGGAGGCGGCUGCGUUCAUCCGGUCCACUGACUACCACUUCCCUCAGUCCGUGACAGCUCCCAACGACCAUACAUCGGGCGGUGUCGGUCCAGACCUGGAGCUCAUCGGCGCCCCCCUUGCAUUCAUCCAUCAUGGCGAGGAGAAGGCGAUUGAUGGAAGUGGUGUCUUUACCAUCAUUCCGAUUGGCCUCCGUCCACAAAGCCAUGGGACAAUCGCCCUUCAGAGUAGAGAUGUCUUUGAUGCACCGAUCAUCGACCCAAAGUACUUGAGCGACGAGGGUGAAAAUGACCGGAAUGUUCUUUUGGUCGGCAUUCGUGUUUGUCUCCAGAUCAUCCGGAGUCCAGCCUUCAAGAAAUUCCUCGAGCCUGUCCCAGUCAAUGACGAUCCGACUUCGUACUGGUGGCCCCUCUCGAGCAGCAACAUCGACAAUAUCACGGACGAGCAGCUCAUCCGGUUCAUGGAUGAGAAGGCUUUUACUCUGUAUCAUCCAGUUGGCUCGGCGCGCAUGGGUCCAUCGCCUGCGACAAGCGUCGUCGACCCUGAAUGCCGUGUCCAUGGUGUCGAGGGUCUCCGUGUGAUGGACGCCAGUGUGUUCCCAGAGCAGAUCAGUGGACACCCCACCGCGCCUAUUGCUGCAAUGGCUGCCAAGCUAAGUGAUAUGAUCAAAGGAAGCAACGCGGCCGCCAGCCUAGUCAGCGCGAACUUGUGA